UUCUAUCUGUCUGGUAAAGACUGUCCGUUUCAAGUGUUUCUUAUUGGUGUCACAGCUUGAAAUGCGGAAAGAUACCGCGAGUAGGACCGAGGGAAUGAGGUGGGAUGUUACGGUGUCCACUUUCCCCGCAGCAACCGGAGAGCAUGCUUCCUCCCCGGCAACAUCAACGUCACACGAUGGCAGAAGCUAAAAGUCAGCUAUUUUGGGCUCCGAAGAAUCGUGGAUAUCAACAAGCGUCUCGUGGUCUUGAUGAUCUGAAGUGGGACUCUGGGUGAAGGUUUCCAAGUGGAAAGAGCUCCGCCUCAGACUACGCUGAGACAAAUGAGAAUCACUGCUUAGCUUCUCCUUUUUUGGCGAUAUCUUUUUGUUUCACUUCGACUUUCCCAUUUCUUCAGCUUCUGAGCGAAAAGCUGAGCUCGCUAGCUAUAGAAGCAGUGUCUCGUUCCAAUAUGGCAUCCUCAUUUCCCAACGCGAAAUCAAAGACAAUAAUCGUAACAGGUGGCGCCAAUGGAAUUGGUGCUCAAACUGUCCGUACUUUCCAUCAAAACGGCUCCAAUGUCGUGAUAGCGGAUCUGCCCUUGGCGAAGGCAGCAGCGGAAGCUCUCAUUUCGUCUCUGUGCGAUGUCUCGCGAGCUCUCUAUGUACCUACCAACAUUCUCAACUGGGCCGACAUGAAGUCGUUAUAUCGCCAGACCAUUGAACGAUUUGGCCAAGUCGAUAUUGCUGUCGCCAAUGCUGGAGCUAUGGAAAGUAAAGACUUCUUCGAUCUGGAGACGGACGAGGACGGCGAUUUGAAGGAGCCUGUGGAAGCAUACAGGAUUGUUAAUAUAAACCUCAGAGGCACCAUGAAUACAUUGCGCCUCGCGCUGCACCACAUGCGAUCAAAUCCAGUAAGCGCGGAUGGUUCGCGGGGCUCUGUAGUGCUAAUAGCAUCGACUUCGGGCUACUUUGGUGGAACAAGCGUCGUCUCAUAUGUCGCGUCGAAACAUGGAGUAGUAGGAUUGUUCCGAGCCUCACAAAAGGCUGCGAAUCGAUGGAACGUUAGGCUCAAUGUCGUGGCGCCCUUCUUUACACCCACACACAUCACCGGAGGAUACGCAGAGAAGUGGAAGGAAAGGGGUCUUCCGGCAAAUACAGUUGAAGGUGUAGCGGAUACAAUCGUUCAGACCUCAACUGAUAGCGAGAAGAAAGGGGAGUGCAUACUGGUAGCUGGAAAGCAAACAAGAGAGAUCGAGCUGGCUAGGACAGCAUUGGUGAAGGAAUGGGUUGGUGAAGACACUGCAAAUCUAAUGGCCGAAGGAGGAAAGUUCUUUGAUGAGCUGGGAGGGUAUCCAUUGCCAAAAGCUACGCGAGACUGACCGGCAUGUCCAAAUUAGUGAUUAUGAUGACAGAACCAUAGCAUCUAAACGGACUAUUCGUUAGAUGAUGGUUAUCGGAGAGGGAAGCAAGAUUUGACGGAGGAGUCGGAGCGUCGUCUUAUAAAUCCAUCUCCACAAGUUGUAAGCCUGGUAUUGAUAUCGUUGUGUCCUGCUCUAGAUAAUGAGAUCAACUCAAAUAUCUAAAUGGAUUGGGCGUCG